GUUGUGAUAAACUUAUUAAAUAGAUAGUCAUAAUCAGAUGUCAUGUCGAGUGAAGAGAUGUUUAAACAGAUCUCUAGUCGCAACGGAGGUGCUUCGUCUUAUAGUUCUAAUGUGAGCUCAGCGUUCUCUUCGGAUGGGAAUUCUCUAGUGAAAGGAAGUUCAGCAAAAGCUAUCAAUGAAAAGAAGAUAGCAAACGCAGCAGAAAGACUGCUGGUGGUUGUAAUUUUGACAAUCUGUUGCAUUGAGGGUUUCAUUUCCCGUCUGUUUGCUGUCAUUAGAUUCGAAAGUAUCAUUCACGAGUUCGACCCGUGGUUCAAUUACCGAGCCACAUCACAAUUAGUGGAAAAUGGAUGGUAUGAAUUCCUGAACUGGUUUGAUGAUCGGGCUUGGUACCCUCUUGGACGAAUUGUUGGAGGAACUGUGUAUCCGGGGUUGAUGAUAACAUCUGGUCUUCUCCAUCUGAUCUUGAAUGGACUUAACUUCACUGUGCAUAUCAAAGAUGUUUGCGUCUUCCUGGCACCUCUUUUCAGUGGAUUGACUGCCAUAGCAGCUUACUUCCUCACAAAGGAGAUCUGGUCUAAGGGAGCUGGACUUUUGGCAGCUUGUUUCAUGUGCAUAGUACCUGGGUACAUUUCGCGAUCGGUGGCUGGUUCUUAUGACAACGAGGGCAUCGCCAUCUUCGCCCUGUUGAUCACUUAUUACUUCUGGAUCAAGUCGCUCAAGACCGGAUCUGUCAUGUGGGCAUGUUUCACUUCCGUCUCUUAUAUGUACAUGGUGAGUGCUUGGGGAGGCUAUGUCUUCAUCACCAAUCUGGUCCCUCUUCAUGCAUUUGUGUUGGUGCUCAUGCAGAGAUACAGUCACCGUCUCUAUGUUGCAUUCUCAGUGUGGUUCAUCAUGGGUCUGCUGUUGUCGAUGCAAGUGCCUUUUGUGGGGUUCCAACCUGUUCGGACUUCAGAACACAUGGCUGCCGCUGGCACAUUCGUGCUGCUGCAGGCAUACGCUUUCCUAGCCUAUCUGAAGACUAAGGUCUCAUCGGAGCAGUUCAAAGCCCUGUUCGCAUAUGCAGUGAUACUUUGUGCAGGAGUGGUGUUUGCAGGAGUGGUAGCACUCACCUAUAUGGGCUAUGUGGCUCCAUGGAGUGGAAGAUUCUACUCUCUCUGGGACACGGGCUACGCCAAGAUCCACAUUCCCAUCAUAGCCUCCGUGUCCGAACACCAGCCCACCACAUGGGUGUCCUUCUUCUUCGACCUCCACGUGCUCGUCUGCGCAUUCCCCGCCGGCAUCUGGUUCUGCAUCAAGCGAGUCAACGACGAACGAGUCUUCAUUGUGCUAUACGCUGUGUUCGCAUCUUAUUUCGCGGGAGUCAUGGUAAGAUUAAUUCUCACCCUGACUCCGGUAGUGUGCAUAGGAGCUGCAAUCAUAUUCUCGGAGAGUUUCUCCAAGUAUAUCAUCUCGGAUUCGAACGAGUUGGCGGCUCAGAAUGCGACGAAUGACGACGAGGAUGCAUACGAGAAUGGAUCGGCGACUUCACCGAGUGGAGCGAGUGGCAAGAAGAAUAAAAAGCUGUAUGAUAAGGCGGGAAAAGUGAAGCCGCCAAAGGAAAAGGAGGAGCUGAGUUUGGGAACUAAUCUGAAGAGUGUCACUGUGUUCACGCUGUUGAUCAUGUUGCUGUUGUUUGCAGUGCAUUGUACCUGGGUUACAAGCAGUGCGUACUCAAGUCCGUCAGUUGUGUUGGCAUCCCAGAAUAACGACGGGAGCCGCAACAUUCUUGACGACUUCCGAGAGGCCUACUACUGGCUACGACGCAACACAGCUGAGGAUGCCCGAGUGAUGUCCUGGUGGGACUACGGGUACCAGAUAGCUGGGUUUGCCAACCGGACCACACUAGUCGACAACAACACCUGGAACAAUUCUCACAUUGCAAUGGUCGGCAAAGCUAUGUCUUCGAAUGAGUCACGGGCGUAUGAGAUUAUGAGGAGCUUAGACGUGGACUAUGUGUUGGUUAUAUUUGGAGGUCUAAUUGGGUACUCUGGUGACGAUAUCAACAAAUUUCUCUGGAUGGUCAGAAUUGCGGAAGGGGAACAUCCGCAAGAGAUUAAGGAGAGCAAUUACUUUUCGGACGCGGGGUCAUACCGAGUGGACAAUGAGGCCUCGGACACUAUGCUGAACUGCUUGAUGUACCUCAUGUCAUACUACCGAUUCGGAGAAGUGCAGCUGGACUUCCGCAUGCCGGCUGGUUAUGACCGGACACGAGGUGCGGAGAUAGGGAAGAAGGACAUCUCGUUCAAACACAUGGAGGAAGCAUUUACCUCCGAGCACUGGCUCGUCAGGAUCUUUAAGGUCAAGCCCCUAGAGAACCGCAUAGUGGCCAGAGAGAGGCCACAGUUCAGCAAACUGAGGAAGAACUUCCGCUACAUCAGCAAGAAGACUGACCGCAAGAAGAAGGGCUACAUCAAGAACAAAUCUUCAAUAGUGAGAGGAUCGAAGCCCCCGCCUGUGACUACGACGUCCACCACUCAAACCAGAACCAAAAAGUGAACAAUCACAGCCGCUAAACCCAAUCAGGCAGAAGAGAGGAGACAGUAGUAGAAACAGAAAAGAUAGUACAAACUAACGUUAAAGGUCAAAACUGAAGUGAAAGAAAAUUGUCUCCGGGAAAAUCUUACUGGCACUAAACUUGUAUUAUACUGAUUAAAUACUGAUAUCAAAAAGCUAUAAUUUAACCAUGUUGAAAAGCGAAGGAGCUGCGUUUUUUGUUAUGGUUUUCUGUUUACCCAUAUUUGGCAGUUUGAAAUCAUUUAUGCUUUAUUACACAUUUUUUGGAAGUUUGAUUUUAAUUGUUGUUGACACAAUGAUGUACUGUGGUAAUACGUGUAUGAAGAGAAUUAUUAUUUUGAAACCAAAUUCGUUAUUUGCAAACACACCUAGUAUCACGUAAACCAUUAAUUAGAUGCCAAUAAAGAUUAAAGGAUUCAGAGACGAGGGGUGUUUGUUAAUAUUAAUUGGACGAUAAUUUGGUGGUGCUCCAAUAGAAUGGCCCUAAUAUAAUAAUUAUCCCGUGAAUUUUUGUCGUGAAUCUCCUAUUCCUGUUUGUGAUUUGCUUUACUUAUGUUAUUCUGAAUUCGAUCCUCACGAAACAAUCCAAAAACUGAGCUUAAUAAUCUAUAGAUGCCCAAUAGUUUGGCGAUCCUUGUUGUGGUAUGUCGAAUAUGUUGAUAUUUUACCUGAAACUAUAUUUUGAUGUGUGGUAUUAAGUUGUAAUAUUCUGAUUCUA